AUGUCGGAUGACGGACUAUCUCCGGCCACAGAUGCGCGCUCGGCAGAUAUAGUCGAGGCACAUGGACCUAUUCCAGUUCCAGCAAAUAUAUACCCUCAUGAAAAGAUGGAUCGAACCCCACCUAGUUCGAAGGAACGGGACUUCAUCGACCGACCUUCACGACGACCCAGUUUUCUUGAGAAUCUAGCAGAUUCACGGGAAUCGCAGUUUCAUCGACCAGUCAGGAGUGAGCUCCCGCAAUAUUUUCACGGACCCCGCAACAUGACUCAACAUUCAAAAUGGCCAAUCGUCAUGCGAAUCCAAGGGAGUAUUAUGCCACAGAUGAUCAUCCCGCUAUUGGUUGUAGGAAGUUGGGCUACUCUCAUUACCUGCAUUUCGCAUUUCUGGCAUAGUCUUGGAAUCAAUAACAUUCUGCUCACGGUGCUGGGAUUCGUCGUGGCUUUUUCAUUGUCGUUCCGUGGAUCAACCGCAUACGAAAGAUGGGCCGAUGGACGCAAGUACUGGGCAUCACUUAUUCAAACUUCACGCAAUCUAGCUCGGUUGAUAUGGGUACAUUUCGGUGAGCGAGAAGGAGAAGACGGGAAGGUUGAUCUCUUGAGAAAACUAUCUGCGAUGAAUCUUAUUCUCGCGUUUGCCGUCUCUCUGAAACAUAAGCUCCGCUUUGAACCCGAUGUCGCGUACGAGGACCUCGCAGGCCUACUGGGCCAUCUCGAUACUUUUGCCCUCGAUGCCCAUGACCAUGAUGUUGUAACUCCGCAUGCGAGAACAAUGUGGAAGUCUUUAGGCGAGGAUCUGGGCUUUUCAUUUGCUCGGUCAAAUCCACGCAAGCUUGUUAAGCGAGCCAAGAAGCCGUUAGGACAUCUUCCACUUGAGAUUCUCGUUCAUCUCUCUUCCUAUGUUGAUGCAUGUGUAAAGAAUAACACGCUGUCGUUGGCUCAAUUUCAAGGACAAUCGAUGACAUUAUUAAAUACACUCAAUGAGAUAUUGACUGGAACAGAGCGGGUGCUGGACACUCCUUUACCUGCUGCGUAUAGUAUCGCCAUUUCUCAAAUAGCUUGGAUCUAUGUUAUGCUACUGCCCUUCCAACUGUACCGAUUCUUACAUUGGAUUACCAUUCCAGCCUCUAUGGUUGCCACAUAUAUCAUUAUCGGACUACUCACAAUUGGUAGCGAGAUUGAGAAUCCAUUCGGGCAAGAUGUGAAUGAUCUUCCUCUUACAACGUACUGUCGCCAGAUUGCACAAGAGCUCGAUAUCAUCACAGCUACACCUCCUCCAGAUGUAGAGGACUUCAUGACACGAGCUGACAAUCUUGUUCUGUUUCCAUUGAGUCAAGAGGGGUAUCCUGCAUGGAUAGACAAGAGCAAGGGGAAGAUUCGUUCUGCUCUUCAGGCGAAGUUUGUUGCGAAUCCAGGGCGUAAUCCUGCGCUGGAUGGAACAAAUGCCUCGACUCGAACGAUGAGUUUCUCAACGAGAAGGACUCAGGAAUCCGUCUGA